GCGGCACCGCGCUGGCUCCUCCCGCCGCCCCAACCCGCGGACGGGGAGGAGCCGCGAAAUCGAAAGCAGCGGCCGGGGCGGCAGCGGCUGCGGGGCUCGGCGCGGGAUGGGGCCGCGGGCGCCGCGGUGGCUCUGGAUGCUCAGCUGCUGCUGCCUCCUCGGCCGCGGCGAAGCGGGUCCCCGCGCCAACGCCACGCGCACCUGGCCGCCGAGCCGCGAGCGAGAGGCAGCCGCCUUCCGGGAAAGUCUUAAUAGACACCAAUACUUGAAUUCUUUCUUUCCUCGAGAAAACUCCACUGCCUUCUAUGGAAUAAAUCAGUUUUCUUAUUUGCUUCCUGAAGAGUUUAAAGCCAUUUAUUUAAGAAGUACACCUUCCAGGUUUCCCAGAUACCCAGCAGAAGCGCAGACCCCCAUCCCCAAUGUGUCUUUGCCGCUAAGAUUUGACUGGAGGGACAAGCAUGUUAUAACACAAGUGAGAAACCAGGAGAUGUGUGGAGGAUGUUGGGCCUUCAGCGUGGUGGGCGCAGUGGAAUCGGCUUGUGCCAUCAGAGGGAAGCCUCUGGAAGACCUGAGUGUGCAGCAGGUCAUUGACUGCUCUUACAACAACUACGGCUGUGAAGGGGGCGCUCCUGUGAGUGCUCUGAACUGGCUGAACAAGACACAAGUAAAACUGGUGAGAGAGUCAGAAUACCCGUUCAAAGCCCACAAUGGCCUGUGUCAUUACUUUUCCAGUUCACAUUCUGGAAUUUCAAUCAGAGGUUAUUCUGCAUAUGACUUCAGUGACCAAGAAGAUGAAAUGGCAAAAGCACUUUUCACCUUUGGCCCUUUAAUAGUGAUAGUAGAUGCAGUGAGCUGGCAAGAUUAUCUGGGAGGCAUAAUACAGCAUCAUUGCUCCAGUGGAGAAGCAAAUCAUGCAGUUCUUAUAACUGGGUUUGAUAAAACAGGAGAUACUCCAUAUUGGAUUGUGCGGAACUCAUGGGGAAAUUCAUGGGGUGUAGAUGGCUAUGCCCAUGUAAAAAUGGGAGGUAAUGUUUGUGGUAUUGCAGAUUCCGUUUCUGUUGUAUUUGUGUGACGUAUUGGCAGAAACAGGAGAUGCAAAAAUGAAGAUUUUCAUAUUGAAACGUAGCAUUCUAAGCAUUACCUAACUUCAAGUUUUAGCAGCUACCUACAAAAGCUCUAGGGCCUGGGUAUUGAAACAAAGUUACAGAAUGUCCCCCUCUUCCAAAGUGUGUAGGAGCCCCAGCAUCUCAGCCUUUAGGGGAGCAGAUUGGGGAAGAAGGUCAGAUUAGAAGGAAUUUUAGGUCCCGUCACACCCAAACAAGCUACUAUUUGUUUUGAUUUUCUUGUUGUCUUUUCUAUUUUGCUUUGUUUUGUUUGUUUGUUUGAUUCUUUAUUUCUAAGGAGGUGCUUUGAGUAGGUGAAAUCAAAGAGAAAACGUAAGAAUUUGUUUUUCUUUUUGGGAUAUGGUCACUAGCCUUUGAUUGUCCCUGUCUACAAGAAUGGUCAACCUAAAGUGAGGUGUGCCUGUCACAGUUAUAUCAGCAACCUUUUAAUAUGGAAUAUCAUAAAGACUUGAAAUACCAGCUGCUUUACCUCAUCAAAUGGUGCUUACCUCUUGAACAGGAGAGGGACCACAUGUAAGGAACAGAAGGCAAAUCCUUUCCCAAGAGAAACAAACUGAAAUUCAACGACCGUUAUGGAAGCUAUGUGAUCAGAAUCUUCAAGUAGCAUUGCCUGCCAUGUUGGAAUUUUCUUUGCCUGGAAAUCCUCAUUGUUGACAGAAAUUCAAGAGAUUUAACUUCUUACUUUCUUCUGCCUAUAUUAGAGAACAAAGUAUUUUCCCAUAUGUUCACUCUUUCCUAAUCUACUGCAUAAUUCCCAAAUUUUUCUGGUGGUUUAGUGCACCCGACUUUAGAAAUGAUCCUUGUUGUUUACCUUCCUUUUCUAUUUCCUAAUCACUUGGCUCUCCUCCACGUCUCUUUCUUCCAUCUCUUUCUUCCACCCAUGAUUCUGGGCACCACACCUCUCAGAGUCCCAUCUCCUAGCUUCCCAGGCUCUCUGGCUUCCAGUUUUUGCUUUAGUUUUCCUGAUCUCCCAUCCCAACUGCUUCUUUGUGCUUCCCUUUGGCAUUCAUUUGGCUUCUGGAUCUUAAUGCCCAUGAUCAUUCUGGUGUCAUUAAUUGCAUAAGUGAAUUCAGGUGCUAUGCCACUAAUGGGUCAUGAUGAACUUGUGUCCUCAGCAGUGAUUGAUAAAUCUGUGUGCACAGAAGGGACUCUGUGCAGCUCCUACUCUGCAGCCAGGAAACGAGCAACUUCUUGUGCAGCAGUGUUAAGAACCUCGUAAUAAAAGAGCUGAUCUUCUGAUUGAAUUUUAAGUAGAAAUGUGUUUUGAACGUCACUGUAAUAAAUCUUAUCAAAUAAUACACUUGUAACCAUUUCUUCUCUAAAAUUCAUGAUUGCUUUUUAUUGCAGAAGAUGCUGACAAAAAUAGAAAUUUGAAGGCAGCAAUCACCACUAAAAAAAUUCUAGGACAUCUCAUUUUUCCUCAUUUUUGGCCUUUAUCUUUCUCCUUUAUUAGAAAAAAAAAAAAAAAAGCUAUUUCUUUUUUUCUUACAUGAACCAGAAGCAAUCUCAAAAGAAUAUUGUGGACUUGUUUAGAGAUAUGCCAGAAGGAAAAAUAUUUAUAUUUCAAUUGAUAAGUAUUCUAAUGAUUCAAGUAAGUCAGGAAGGAAUUAAGUUUUUUCUGUUCUAUUUUGUGUUAGGUUAGUAUAUGACAUAAAUGGUUUGCUAAUAUUUGCUAAUACUCUUUUUCAAAUGCUAAGGAAUUUUUACAAUUUCAAAAUAACUAAUACUUCUCAGCUGUUCUGGACUUUGAUUACAUUUAUAAUAAAACA